AUGAUCGACCAUAGCGUUUGGUCGGCGCUGCAGAGGCGGCUCGGGCAGGGCAGGGCAGGGCGCCAGUGCGCGCAGGGCAGGGCGCUGGCGCGUUGGCAGGGCAGGGCGCUGGCGCGGGCAGCAGCGCGCACGGGCAGGGCGGCGCUGGGCAGCGAGUGCAGGCCCGCGGCGGGCGCAAAACGCAGGCACGGCGGGCGCAAGGGGCGGGCCCGCGGCGGGCGUAGCGGACAGGUGCGGGCGGGGCGAACGGGCGGGCCCGUGACGUGCCGAACGGGUAGGCGCGGCGGCGCGAAGGCAGGGCCCCCGGCGGGCCUAACGGGCGGGCGCGGCAGCGGGCGUAACGGGCAGGCGUGGCGGCGCGAAGGGCGGGCCCGCGGCGGGCCUAACGGGGCAGGGCAGGGCGUGCGCAAUGCAGCGCGACGCGGGGCAGGGCAGGGCGUGCGCGGGGCAGCGCGACACGCAGCGGGCGCAGUGGCGGCAGGCAGCGGGCGCGACGGCGUGCUUAGUAGGGCGGGUGCUUACCAGGGGCGGGUGCAGGGCAGGGCCGCGACAGGCGGUUAG